AUGAAAGAGAUAACGGAUUUACAAAUUGGAACUUGGAACGUGCGAUCUUUAUUUAGGGCUGGAGCUUUGACGAUAUCUCUAUCGUGUCUUGAGCGAUAUGAGAUGGAUAUUACUGCUAUUCAAGAAGUGAGAUGGACAAGUUCAGGGAGCUUUAAGUCUCAAGGAAUCAAUAGGGUUUAUAGUAAAAGAAAAUUUACUAAAACAAAUUACAAAUUUCAAACCUAUAAAUGAUCGUUUAUGUUACAUAGAACUUGAAUGUAAGUGGCACAAUAUGAUUCAAAUUAACUGUUAUACACCCACUGAAGACAAAAAUGAGGAGAUAAAAAAUUAGUUCUAUGAUAGUUUAGACAUACUAUACGAUUCUUUACCAGCUGAUAAACCGAAAAUAGUAAUCGGAGAUUUGAAUGGAAAAAUUGGAAAGGAAACGAUAUAUAAACCAACAAUUGGAUCUGACAGCUUACAUGAAGAAUCUAAUGAUAAUGGAAAUAAGUUGAUCUCAUUUGCAGCUGCUAGGAAUAUGUAG